GCGAGUGGGGCUUGGCUGGGAGCCCCGGGGCGGCCACCUGCCCCGAGCAGCCUCAGCCCGCCCCGGGUGGAGGAGGCAGAGCAGGGGAGGAAGGAGACGGCACUGGGCGGGGAACACGGUGCGGGGCACGGGGCUCUUUGCACGACGUGUCCUCCUAGGGCCGCUCCGGGCCCGUCCCGAGCCAAGCUCCGGGACUGGGGCUCGGAAGCUUCGUGCCCGGCCCGGAGGGUCCCGAGACGGCGGGCGGAACCUCUCGGCCGCGGUACCGCCCCAUCCGCCCUCUCUUCCUUCCUGAGGCCGGGCUGGGCUGGACCCGGGGUUAGUCGUUGUUUACCCCCGCAGACUCCGCGCUCCCGGCUGCCCCCGGCCCCGCACGCUCCGGCUCCGUGCCCGUCCCGCAGCGCCGGGGAGCCGCGGAAAGCGGGGGAGACGCGGAAAGCGGGGGCUGGUGGGGGCCGGGACCAGCGGCGCCCGUCUGCUCACCACGGCAGGGCCCGGGUAGGAGGGACCCGCUCGACCUCGCAGGAUGUCCCAGCCGCCCUCCAUCACCCUCCUCGUCCCCGAGGGCACCGAGAGCGAUGGCCAGGAACCCAGUCCGGACAACGAGAGAGCCCUGCACACCUCAUUCCACCAGCUCAUCCUGGAGCAGAGCAGCUUGAUCGAGGCAGGUCUGGAGCUGCAGGAGAGGGCCAGAGAGUCCCCAGCCUGCUUGGCUACUCCAGAAGCCUGUGCCAUGGCCUGGCCAGAGCCCGGGCAAGGUGAGGAGCACCCCAGCUACUCCUCUCCCUCCCUGCAGAUCUUGGCCAGCAUGCCCAGCCGCACCAUCGGACGCAACCUCGGGGCCAUCAUCUCCCAGUACUGCAACCGCACGGCGCGGCUGCGGCGCCGCAGCGGCCGCCCGCCCCUGCAGCAGCUCUGCCGCGCGGCACGGCCCAGCCUGCGCCACUACGACCUGGACACCGACCCCAGCAGGGCCACGCUGGAAGAGAAGCGGCGCCUGCUGGUGAAGGAGCUGCUGAGCCUCUCACCCAGCCAGUGCAGCCACAUGCUGCUCACCAUGCCCCUCAGCCUGGUGGAGAAACGCAUCCUCCGGCGGCAGCUGAGCGGGCAGAGGGGCCCAUUGAGGCAGCGCGCCCAUCACUGGGCCCCCUUCUCACCCUGUGGCUGGUCUAAAGUCUUCGUCAGCCUCGGCUGCCGAGGUCUCUGGUACAGGCUGCUCUCCCUGCUCCGCGCUGCGCAGCCCGGGCACUAUGCCCUGAAGCAGAUUGGUGGCCGCUUUGGCUCCAGUGUCCUGUCCUACUUCCUCUUCCUCAAGACACUCCUUAUGUUGAACUUCUUUUCAUUCUUCAUCCUCCUGGCCUUCGUGGUGGUCCUGCAGGCCGUGUACCCCACUGCGUCAGUCAGCCCCCAGCCCUUCAGUGGCCUCGAGCUCCUCACAGGAGCGGGCUACUUCACGCACUCACUGCUGUACUACGGCUACUACAGCAACGUCACCCUGAACGACCCCUGCACCUCCAGUCCUGAGGGCAGCGUGUGCCCCCUCCCAGCCCCCCUGCUCCCGUACAACCUGCCACUGGCCUACCUCUUCAGUGUUGGGGUCUCCUUCCUUGUCACCUGCAUCCUGCUGGUGUACAGCGUGUCCCGCUCUUUUCGGGAGAGCGUGGGAAGCUCCACAGGGGCCUUGGCCAUCAAGGUCUUCUGCGCCUGGGACUUCAAGGUGAUCCAGAGGCGCUCGGUGAAGCUGCAGUGUGAGAACAUCUGCACUCAGUUGAAGGAGCUGCUGGGGGAGCAGCGCUCCCGCUCCCGUGCCCAGGGCCGCUGCCAGUGCCUGGGGCACUGCCUUGUGGUGCUGCUGGCUUGGCUGCUGGCCCUGGGCUCGGUGUUGGGCUGCGUGCUGGCUGUGCACUACUUCUCAGAGCACAUGCACGUGGUUCAGCAGGAGCAACAAGCACAGGGCAGUGGCAGUUGGAAGCAAGAAGCCAUUCUGCUGGUCCUGCCCCUUGUGGUGUCCCUCCUCAAUGCCUUGAUGCCCCACUUGUUCAACUUGCUGGCGAUGUGGGAGAGGCAGGACUCCCCAGUGACGGAGGUCUACGUGGCAAUCAUCAGGAACCUCAUCCUGAAGAUGGUGAUUCUCAGCCUGCUGUGCUACCACUGGCUCAGCCGCAGCAUUAUCUGCUCGACAGAGGAGUGCUGGGAGACGUGUGUGGGGCAGGACCUGUAUCGCUUUGUGGUGAUGGAUUUCAUAUUCACCUUGCUGGAUACACUCUUCGGGGAGCUGAUCUGGAGGCUAAUUCUGGAGAAGAGGCUGAAGACAAAGCAGAGGCCAGAGUUUGAUAUCGCCCGAAAUGUGCUGGAGCUGAUCUAUGGGCAGACCCUGACCUGGCUGGGCAUUCUUUUCGCUCCACUCCUGCCAGCUGUGCAGAUGCUGAAGCUGCUGCUGUUGUUCUACAUCAAAAAGACCAGCCUGAUGCGGAACUGCCAGUCCCCCAGCAAGCCCUGGCAAGCAUCACACAUGACCACUGUGUUCAUCACUCUGCUGUGCUUCCCCUCCUUCCUGGGUGCAGCUGCCUUCCUCUCCUACACCAUAUGGUCGGUGCAGCCAUCAGAAACCUGCGGUCCCUUCCGAGGGCUGGAAACCAUCUACAAGUCAGGGAAGAGGUGGGUGCUGGUGCUGGAGAAGUCCAACCCAAACAUCACCUGGUUUGCCUGGGUCUACCAGCACCUGUUGGAGAACACAUGCCUCCUGUUCUUCAUGUCUGUGGCCCUGAUAGCUGUGAUCUACUUCAACAUCCAGGUGGUAAGAGGCCGCCAGAGGGUCAUCUGCCUGCUCCAGGAGCAGAUUGCCAACGAAGGGGAAGAUAAGGUGUUUCUCAUUCAGAAGCUUCACUCCGUUUAUGAGCAGAGACACAGGCAUUCCUGAGCCCCAGUGUCAAGCUCCACAGGAAGGAAUGGGAUGGAAUGGACUCUGCUUGCAGCUGGGACUGAAUCUGUCCAUCACAACACAGCGCUGGAAGCUGGGGGACCGUGGAGUGCUGGGGAAGAUCCUCCUCUUGCCAUGGCCAAGGACGUCAUUGGGAAUGCUGCAUCGCAGGGGUGCAGGUGCUUCUGCUCCUGGAGCUGCUGGGAUGCAGCGGGUACAGAACCCGGCCUGCUGCCACACCCCAGGGCACAGCUCCGUGCAGGACUGCCUCACCUCACAGCCCUGCUCCGUGGGGGCUCACUACCUGCAGAGGACUGCCCUUCAGCUCUCCCUCCUGCCAGUGUGCCCUGGGCUGUUCUCAGAAUCCUUUGGGGACCAUGAAGCUUUGUCCACAGCUACCUUCACACUGCCUAGGGGCAGCAGGCACAGCCCCAGCUCCAUCCCAGUGCCUGGCUCACCAGGAGAGCAGCUGGAUGAUGGCAGUCCCACAAACAAGGUCACUGGGCCACCCCCAGCACCCGCUGCACUGGCUGCUGGGAUGGACUUGGAAGAAUCACCGAGCUGCUGUGUGCUGGGCUGGGCAGGGACUCUGGGCUCAAUUAAAGUGCUGCUGUGCAGGA